AUGCGCUUCACAAGAUAUUUCGCUAUUGCCGCCGCCACUCUGGCAUUCCAAACCGCAUCUCUCCCAAUCCUUCCGACGCCAGAUCAUGAGAUCAGCGUUGGCCAACGGGAUCUUACAUCAAUUUCAAAGGUCCUCAAUGUCAUGGCCAGGAACCUCGCCUCACUACCAAGACUCGUCUCGAUACCCAAAGUUAGCGCCUUAACGGAACUGUCACCUGUAGAGGGAACAAUAGAGAUAGAGAGCGAUCCAUCACCUGUAUCCGGUUCAGCGUUUAACAAAAAGUCUGCCAUCUCAGAACCGGAACCCGAAGAGCUUGAGGAGAAAUUGAUACGAAGAGCGACAACCAUGGACCCUAACGUGGGAAUUUCACAGGAUCUACCUUCGGGCAUUGUCAUGUUCAUGAUUAUAUUCAUGCUCUAUGCAAUGUUCACGGCUAUCUCAAUGAAGGAUGCAGACUAG